CAAAACAAAAAAAGUCAGCGGCUCGAUCUUCCCGCAUUUCCAUCCCGCCGCUAAAUUGUAAAGAGGGGAGCUUUCCCUCGCCGCCUCUUUCUGCCGCCGCCAGCACCAGCCUCACUAGCCCCGCUACUGCCGCCGCCGCCGCCACCACCACCAUCAUCUCCCUCCUCCUCUGCUUCGCCGCCUCCUCCCUUUCUCCUCUCCUUUUGGCAACACCAGGACGUCCGGCGCGGCGGUGGUAGGGGUAGCGGUGCUGCCGGUGCUGCCCUGGGGUUGCGAGUGGACGGGGUCGCCUUUGAAUCCUUCCGUUUUUCCAAGGUGCCUCGCAGAGCGCGAGCGGGAGCGAGCUCAGAGCCCGCGGAGAGCUGAAAGGCAGCGAGGAGUCACGAUGAGCGCACGAGGUGACGGAGCCGGGCAGCCUUCGACUUCUUCCGCGGCUGCCAAAGAACAACCUGCCACCGCCGAACCGCCCAAGAGGGGACGAGGGAGACCCAGGAAACAGCCACAAGAACCUAUAGGAGAGCCAUCUCCCAAAAGACCAAGAGGAAGGCCUAAAGGAAGCAAAAACAAGAGUCCCUCUAAAGCAGCUCAGAAGAAUUUCAUGACCAUUGUCUUGCAGGCUGGGAACAGAUAUUCCACAGCUAUGGAGGGCACCAGAAAGCAGAAGCCACUGGAGAAAAACGACCAAGAGGCCGACCCAGGAAAUGGCCACAGCAAGUGGUCCAGAAGAAGCCAACUAAGGAUCAGCCUGAAGAGACAUCCUCACAAGAAUCAGCAGAAGAUGAUUAGAAAACCACACAUUUCUAUUUCUACCUCAUCAGCAGUUGGAUCUUUUGAAGGGAGAAGAUACUGCCAUGACCACUUGCUUCUGUUUCUACAAUCUUCUACUUGGCCUGGAUGGGGAGGAGGGAAGGAAUCCAUAUAACCUUAAAAAGGACUUAUUAAUAAUUGUUACUGCAAUCCCUUCAUUGUCCCAGGUUUUGUGAAACUGCUGUAACACAGGGGGCACAGAUUAACAACCAACAUAUACUUACUGUUUUCUCUUAUUUUUCUUUAACCUACUAAUAGUUUGAGCUGCUAAGUAAGGGUGAAUGGGUCAGUAAAUCUCAGAAGCAGGUUUCAAGUUGUUCACUGCACUGCCUAUAUAUGACUAUUUUAAAAUAUUAAUUACCAUGGGCAUUUAAAUUGGAAGGACUGGUGUUUAACCCUAGUUCUUACAACAUCUCUGACAACCCACUCCCUAGCUUAGUGAAUUCCCCCUUUAGAACACCAAAGAUAAGGAUUUAGAUGCUAGGAUUGUGUAUGCUUCAGAAUGAUUCAGGAGGGUUUCACACCUCAUGCAAACACAAUACCUCUCUGCUGUUCAUUAAAGCAGCCUGAAAGCAAAAUGCAAAUGCCUUUAAUGACUACCCAAUUAGUGUUGUGCUUGUCUCACACUAAUUUCAGUGAGUCAGAUCUUUAAAGCAGCUGUAUAAUUUUUAGGUAACUUUAGUGAACAGCAGAGAGUUUAUUUUUGGAAGAUCUGAAGUGCUUCUUUGAAAUAAUUUUUGAAGUAUGCCCAGCCCUAUUAGAUACUAUUUUGUUAGCCUUGGAGUAGAUUUGUGCUUAUUUGUUUCUCAUGUUACUGUUCUUUUGAGACACAUCAAAGGUUAAUUUCUUUCAAUUAAUUCAUCUGAUAAUCAGGAAGCAAAAGUCAAAAGAAAAAAGGUACUUUGCAACAAAAGGGAAAAAAUGACAAAGAUACUCUGUAUAAUAGCAAUACACAUAUCUGCUGAAAUAAUACCAAAUGGAACUCAACAGCACCCUCUCUGGAAACAUGUUCAUACACCCUGAGGGGGAAUCUGCUUUCUAGAGAUUGUCAUGUUGUUUAGAAAUGACUUACAUCAGACUUUCUUUCAGGACUGAAAUUUAGCAACUAAAAUCUGGAUUUUAGUGAAUUUUAAACAAUACCUCAGAAUGAUUUUAAAUCAUACCAUACUGGAACCAAGGGAAAUAGUUUAGAUAUUUAGUUUGAUUUAUUACUGUGCUGCCAGCCCAUUCCACUCCUUCAAGGAAUGGCCUUAUCAUCUUCACUAAUACAUCUCCAUUCAAGAGCCAAUACUAUGUACCUCAAGUGGGCUUAUUACUUUUAAGCAAUAUACAUUGACAUAGGAUAUUUAUCUGGGCAGGUUGGCCCAGUUAUAUGUCCCCAUUUUUUAUUUUUAUUUUAUUUUUACUAAAAAGCAGCACUUUUAACAACAACUGCAAUAUUACCCCACUUUUCAGUACUACCUCUGUUAUUUACAUUGAACUCAACAAUCAUAUAAACACUUGCUGCUAUGAUCAUACAAUGCAAGAACUUGUUAUUGGAUAAGUAAUCAUAAAUUCUGCAUUCCCCCAAUCCUUUUUUUACUUUGUCACUUCAUUGCAAUUAAGAACACAAUACUGUUAAUGUUUUUCAGCAUUACAAUAUUUUUUCUUUUUAAAGUACGCUAUGCCUUUCUCUGCUAAAUUUCUAUAUAAUGUACCAUUAACUUGAAUAUAUUUUUGUACCAAAUUGCUCAUAAGGUUUGUAAUGAUAAUUUUCUUCAUUGACACUACAUGACAUAAAAAUAAUUAACUGCAGUGUUUAAAUAUUACUGUCCAGGUUUGUACCUCAAUUGAUUUUUUUUUUAAAAAAGAAAUGGACUAGUCGAUUGACAAGACCUACCUCCAGACUAUUAAUGGAUGAACUUGCUGUUUCUGUCAACAUUUGUUUUUGGGAAAACAUUUAGGACUGCAAAAACAUAAAACAAAAGCAAGCAAGAAAACCCCCCAAUUAGAACUAUUUUUGUAAAAGAGCUUUGUGAAAAAUGAACACAUAUUAACUUUUUUCAUAUUAAAACCACCCCUCAAAGAAACUUGAAUCUUUGUAGGUUGGACGCAACAAGCUCAGCUUUUUGCAUAAUGCAAUCACAAAUAAGUGUGCGUAUGUUUGUGUGUGUGUGUAUGUGUGUAAAAACUAGUAGAUUAUAUGAGAAUACUCAUCAAGUAUUUUCAUUUUUUUCACAAAUGUGAUUUUAAAAAAAAUAUGUGUCAACCAGAUUUAUUUUAAAUGCUUCUUAUGUAGAGAUUAAUACUUUCUGACUUAUUUGAUUUCUUUCUUUUUAUUUCCUCUGUCUGUCUGUCUAUCUCACCCUCAGUGGAUAUAUCUGUUGGUAAACAUUGUUUUAUUAUUUGGGCCAGGGGUAGAUUCUCAGGAAAACAUUCUUCGGUAUGACUUUAGUGUUAGUCAAAUGCAACUAAGGAGAGCUACUUACUGGCUGCUUCACAAGAUUGACUGUUAAGAACAAAUACCAGCUCCAGUAACAUGAGUGCCUUGCGUUAGGGAUCAAUGAAAAAGAGCAUUUAAGAAAAGUGUAUUUUAGGUGUCCUAAUGUUACCUAAUUUGUAAAUAAUUAUACAAUAACUGCAUAUGGAACUUAGUCAUGACCAUUCAAGCUGUGGCCUGAAAGACAAACUACAGUGGAAGUGCACAAAUGUUUCCUUCUGGGUGCAGCCAACAGACACCCCCACCUCCCAAACAAAUCACUUAGAAUAGUGAUGAGACAUAAGGGAUAUUAUUGGGAAGAAAAUGCUUAGUGACUGAUGAGGAACACUUGGUUAAGACUUCAAAAAUGCCUUGCUUCUUUAGACUAUGGAUUUUAAUAGCAUAGGCCAGUGUUUCUCAACCUUGGUGACUACAAUGUGUGGAUUUCAACUCCCAGAAUUCCCCAGCUAGUCUUGCCAGCAUUGCCGGCUGGCCUUACCAGCUGGGGAAUUCUAAAUAUUGAAGUCUGAACAUUGUAAAGUUGCCAAUGUUGAGAAACACUGGCAUAGGCCACACUCCCUAAUUCCAUGGCUCUAAUAUGUACAAAAGCUCCAUCCAGGAAAAGGGAUGUAUUUUUAAGGAACAGUGUGGCUCUAAUAGGAAAUCCCUAUUGUGCACAUAGGAAUAUACCAUGAAUUACUGAAGGAAAUCUAGUAAAUUUAUCUACAUGGAACUCUGUGUGAGCAUCAGUAUCCUUACAAUGGAGUUUCUCAAUCAGUUUAACAAUGUGAGAUGAACUAAAUGGGGGCAGGCAUGAAAUUCCUUAGGGUUUACAGCUUUGAUGAAAUCUUACAUUUUCUGUAUAUUGUAGAACAAUCAAAACACAUUACUACCUCUCAGGGUCUUCUAUACCUCAUUUUUCAGACUGAAAAUAACCUUGUGGCCAUUGAAAUAGAAGGAACAUCAUAAAAUUUUUAUAUAUAUAGUUUAUUUUUAUGGGAGAUAAAUUUUAUAGGACUGUUCUUUGCUGUCAUUGGUCACUCCUAAAUAAGACUGGACAUUAUUUUUUCUGCCAUUUCUGCGCAAUAGAUAUACUUGCAAAAACCUACAGUUUUUUUCUAUUUUCCUUAACUGUUUUCUAGCUCGUUGCUUUGUUAUUCAUAUAGAGUUGCUGUCUAUGAUUUUGAAUUGCUUGCUUGUUACUUUGCUGGAUUAUCACAGUUUGUUCAGCACAAUAAACUCAUGGUUUAUGUAAUCUUCAUGUUCAAUUGCUAGUAUUUUGUCAAUACUUCAUAAUUAAGCAAUAAAGUUUGGUCUUAGUGA